AUGUCAGACGACAACGUCACGCCCCCGUCGAUCCCAGAGCUCGAGGUGCAGCAGCCAUUUGGCCUCGAGUCCGAGUUUGAGGCUGCCUUUGCUCAGUUUGGUCCGUCAUCGACCUCGGCAAGAACCAACGCGCCCACGACUGCAACAGUAACUGGUACCUCCACGCCCGCAGCUCCGCUGUCUACCACUGCCUCAUCGUCCACGGCCAUCACGGAAGAACUCGACGAAACGCAUCCCCCAACACGUGGGGUCAACUCGGACUCGAGCUACGUCCGUGUAGGCAGUACAAGUAGCCCUGGCACGUCCCCAUUCCCGCCGUCGGCGUACCCCGCUGAACCGUGGGCGUUGCCAGCUCCACACCAUCCUCUGGCGCCAACGUCGUCGGGCGAGCAGCGGCCCACGUCGAAUGCGUACUCGUGUUCCUUAACGGAGCGAUCGUCAUCGUCAUCCAGGUCACGAGCCCCUGUUCCCGGCUCGUCCCCAGGUUUACCCUCUGCGCUUGUGACCACUUCUUCUACCACAUCACUCCACAGCUCCAACGGCGGCGGCAACACCGCCCGUCCCCAGGUCAUGAGCAGCCUCAAGGGACGCUUCUUCUCCACCCCCGCGACCAACAGCAGCGUCAGCAUCGCGACUGGCUUUGGUACCGACACGUCGGUAGGCAGCAAGUCGGACAAAUACAAGGCGCUUUCGAAGAAGCCCGCGGGGCUGACCAUCAACGCCAACGCCAAGGACAGGCGUCAGUCCACUGCCACGGCCACGUCGCCGCGCACCCCGCGCAAGUCGAAGCGCGAACCCUCGGGACAACGACACGAGGACCAUCACAACCAUCGUAGUGGCAAUACGGACAAGUCAUCGGCGUCAUCGGUGGCGAGUCGGUUCAUCCGCCGUGUCGUGUCGGCUCCAAAUGCUAAAGCGCUCUUCCACAAGGGGUCUGCUGCGGAUGUGCCCGAGGUGCCCCCUUUGCCCUCCAAGACGGCCACCGCCAACUCUAGCAACGACACUGCCGUCGAUCUGACCGUCUCACCUCCUAUCCCAGCCGUGCCCAAGAUGUCAUCAAUGUCGUCAAGACCGACCACACCAUCCAGGAGUUCGACGCCUUCCUCGUUGUUCCUCAAGCCCGGAAACCUGUCCGCAACUGGUACACGCGGCUCCCGUGCGCACUCGACCAGUGUGAUGACACUCAAGAAGCAGGCAGCCAACUUUGAGGACCCAUCUCGUGCUGGCUUCCGAAGGACGUACAGCUCCAACUCAAUCAAGACACGUGCGGCAGAAGUCUCAGCAUCAUCGUUUGAAAAGAUCAAGCUCCUUGGCAAGGGCGACGUUGGCAAGGUCUACCUUGUGCGCGAGAAGAAGACCGGCUCGUUGUUCGCCAUGAAGGUUCUGUCGAAGAAGGAGAUGAUCAAGCGCAACAAGAUUAAAAGAGCUCUCGCCGAGCAGGAGAUCCUGACAAUGUCCAACCACCCAUUCAUCGUCACUCUGUUCCACUCAUUCCAAUCGUCCGAUUACCUCUUCUUCGUCCUCGACUACUGUAUGGGGGGCGAGUUCUUCCGCGCCCUCCAGACCAGGCCGGGCAAGUGCCUCCAGGAAGAACAUGCCAAGUUCUACGCCGCCGAGGUCAUUGCCGCCCUAGAGUACCUUCACCUCAAUGGCUACAUCUACCGUGACCUCAAGCCGGAGAACAUUCUCCUGCACCAGAGUGGCCACAUCAUGCUUUCCGACUUUGACUUGUCCAAGCCCUCGGGCGAGCCCGGCGGUGCGGCCGCGGCCGUCCAGACGGGCGCCAACGGCGUCAUCCUCGUCGACACACGUAGCUGUAUCGCCGACUUCCGCACAAACUCGUUUGUCGGCACAGAGGAGUACAUUGCGCCUGAGGUGAUAAAGGGCUGCGGCCACACGUCGGCGGUCGACUGGUGGACGUUAGGCAUUCUCGUGUACGAGAUGAUUUUCGCCACCACCCCGUUCAAGGGCGCCAACCGCAACACGACCUUCUCCAACGUGCUAAAGAACGAGGUGCCUUUCCCUGAGGACCGCCUGGUCACAAACCUGUGCAAGUCUGCGAUCCGCAAGCUCCUCAUCAAGGACGAGCACAAGCGCCUCGGCUCACAGUCUGGCGCGUCCGAGGUCAAGCAGCACAAGUGGUUCGCGUCCAUUUCAUGGGGCCUGCUGCGCCACAUGACGCCUCCUAUCAUUCCCGCAGAGUCAAACGGCAUUGACGCCGUCAACUUCCGGACGAUCCGCGACUCGAAGAGCAUCGACUUCUUGGACGAGUCGGACAUUAUCCUCGGCCAGGCUGGCAGUGUCACCGCGGUGGCGGGCACGCCCGGCAUGCUCACGCCCAUGGAGCUGGCCGAGCCAGAGAAGAAUCCCUUCAACGAGUUUUCCAGCGUAACACGCGAUUUUACCGACGGCUAUUAG